ACGUACACCAUGGAAGAAGAGUCGUCGUUAUCAGUGAAUCACUCUAGUCUGAACGAAGACGAAAGUGAAGAUGAGAACGAUGAUGUAACUAGUCUUCUUCAUUCAUCUCGUUCACACUCUAGUGCAACUCCCAGGACCAUCAAGCUCAAUCUUUACGUUCUAAGUUUCGCAAUGAUGAUUGUAUUUACCGCUUUCGCAUCGUUACAAGCUCUACAAAGCAGCCUGAACGCCACCGCCGGUCGCGGUGUAACUUGCUUGGCUGUCUUGUACGGUGUCAUGGUGUUUUCAAGUGUGUUUCUAGCUCCUGUGCUUGUGGGCAAACUCAGACCGAAACGGACCUUGAUAGUUGGCUUUUUUGGUCACUGUGUGUUUACAGCAUCAAAUUUUUAUCCACAAUGGUGGAGUCUGAUACCAGGGUGUGCAUUUUUAGGUGCAGUUGGCGCACCUCUCUGGGCAGCUCAUAAUACAUACUUGACGUCUAUUGCUGCAGCUUAUGCAGUUGCCGAAGGAAUGAAGAAAGAUGAGGUUAUUCAGCAGUUCAGUGGGAUAUUCUAUGCUGUUUACCAGACUAGUGGCAUUAUUGGCAACCUCGUUUCUUCACUUAUAUUUAUGUUUGGAACGGAUAGACAUACAAACAGUUCUCAUACAAACGAAUCCAAUGUUUCGGUCGUCAAUGUCCCUGAAUCAGCUAGAUACUCGCUUCUUGGUGUCUUUGAGGGUUUCGGUGUAGCUGGGAUUCUUCUCAUCUUGUUUGUUCUAACGAGUUUGAAAGGACUCGGCGUUAGACAACGAAGUUGUAUGUCAGUAUCACAGCUUGCGGUGUCUGUUGUUAAACUCCACAGAGAUGUGAGGUUGCUCUUAAUUAUACCAAUCAGUAUGUAUGCUGGAAUUCAUCAAGCGUUCUUCUUUGGAGAAUACACAAAAUAUUAUGUUACUGACGUCCUGGGUAUUCACAUGGUUGGGUUUGUCAUGAUGACAGCUGGAGUUAUCGAUUCACUGAGUUCGUAUGCGAGUGGAAAAAUAAGCAAGUUGAUUGGUCAAGCACCAGUAAUAUUGGCAGGUGGAUGUCUUAAUUUGUCACUUAUCAUUUUUCUCAAAGUAUCUACUGAGACACCGAGUGAGUCAAUCAUAUUCAUCGUGGCGGGGUUGUGGGGUAUUGUAGAUGCAAUAUCAAACACACAGACUACCGCUUUGUAUGGCAUGCUCUAUACUGAUAGGCAAGAAGCUGGAUUUGGUGCGUAUCGGUUUUGGAGAAGUGUUGGCUAUGCCGUGUCUUACUCUUACAGUUCGGCUCUUUAUCACAGCUUGCAGACCAAGCUAACACUUCUUCUUUCCUUUUUAUGUGUUUCAUUAGCUGGUUAUUUGAUAAUGGAAAUUGGUAGGAGGAAAUUUGAGGCUCCACGUCGGAGCACCAUUCAGAGUUGAUAUAGCAAAAUUAGUACUUAGACUGUAGAAAGAAAUGCAUGCCUUGGACGUUCUGUUUUAUGGACCUCUACGGUUGUAUGUAGGUGCUUUACAAUGUAUUGACAGUCUUCAAACAUUGUGAUGGGAAGGACUGUUUAUUAUUUAUAAAUAGUUUUACUGGUUUUAAAAAUAGUAAUUGUUAAUCAAA